AGGUUAAAUAAAUAAAUAUAUUUAGUUGGUAGGUUUGUAAACCGAAUAAAAAUAUUCUAAGCUAUAGCACAGUUAUAAGCAAUUUAGCAUUAAUGACUUAAGUCAACAAUUUUAGUUCAUUCACUCCCCAGAUUUUUCUAUCUAAAACAUUCACAAUUCCAAAAUCCCUGAUUCACCGAACACCCAAAAAAUGGCGGAAAAUCAACCUCAACCUAACCCUAACCUUAAUGAAAACUCAAGCUCUCAACAAUGGCGGAGCCAGAUUCCAGAAUUACAAGGAAAGGUUGUGAUGGUAACAGGUGCAUCAUCAGGUUUAGGUAGAGAAUUUUGUCUUGAUCUUGCGAAAUCCGGUUGUAAAAUCAUCGCUGCUGCUCGCCGUAAAGAUCGCCUUAAAUCUCUUUGCGAUCAUAUUAAUUCUUUGUCAUCUUCAUCUUAUGGUGAUAGUAAUGGUAAUUUGAGAGCAGUGGCUGUUGAAUUGGAUGUUGCUGCUGAUGGAAAAACUAUUGAUGCCUCAGUUCAGAAAGUUUGGGAGGUUUUUGGUUGUAUUCAUGCUCUUGUUAAUAAUGCUGGUAUUCGAGGUAAUGUGAGGUCUGCCUUAGAUAUUAGUGAGGAGGAAUGGGAUAAUACUAUGAAAACUAACUUGACUGGAGCAUGGUUGGUUUCGAAGUCAGUAUGCAUUCGCAUGCGAGAUGCUAAAAUUGGAGGAUCAAUUAUCAAUAUAUCUUCAAUUGCUGGUCUUCACAGAGGCCAUCUGCCUGGCUCUGCAGCUUAUACUGCAUCAAAGGUUGCCCUAAAUACAUUGACGAAGAUGAUGGCUCUGGAAUUGGGGGUCUAUAAGAUUCGAGUUAAUUCAAUAUCACCUGGAUUGUUCAAGUCAGAGAUCACUGAAAAUCUUAUGGAGAAGAACUGGCUUAACAAGGUCGCCCUGAAAACCGUUCCUCUGAGAACAUUUGGCACAUCUGAUCCCGCGUUAACUUCUGUAGUUCGGUACUUGAUUCUUGACUCGUCAGAGUACGUAACUGGAAACAUGUUCAUUGUCGAUGCUGGCGCCACUCUACCGGGUGUCCCUAUUUUCUCGUCCCUCUAGGUACGUCUGGAAAAUUUAAUACUUUCCUAUAUUAUCUACUUGCUAGGCUCAUAAUUACUGGUUACAAAUAUUAUAAGCAGUCAAUUUGUAGAAAAAAUAUCGUUCUUGAAAUGAAAUAUAAACCACUUGUUCAGUUGUAACAUACGUUACUCUUGGCAUAAACUUCCUUUGGUUAUACUUAUAAUCUGAUGUCAAUUGUUAGUGUGAUUAACAUUUAUAUAUGAAAAGAUAGCUCAUUUUUACUCCUCUC